AUGAGUGCCACCACCGCCAGCGACAAUAGCGCGAGCAACAACACAAGUCUAUACUCUGCAGAAACAGCAAAAGAGUAUCAAGAUGAAGAUUUUGCAGAACUUCAACGGACCACUCAGGUCCCGUUCUCGGUCUUUACAUCGUUGUCAAAAUAUUUGAUCACUAUCAUGGCUUCCAUCGCCAGUUUGAUCUCGCCAAUGUCCUCUAGUAUUUACCUGACUGCCCUGAACCCCAUCGCGGAGGAUUUGCAUGUUAGUGAUUCGAAGGUCAACUUUACAAUCACUACCUUUAUGAUUUUCCAAGGCAUCUCGCCUGUCUUCAUUGCUACUUGCUCCGACGCCGUGGGUCGAAGACCGGCCUUUUUGCUCUGCUUUAUCCUAUACAUUGCCGCCACCAUUGGUCUCGCACUCCAAUCAGACUAUGGUAGCUUGCUUGGUCUGCGAUGUCUUCAGAGUGCAGGGUCCUCGCCGACGAUCGCUCUAGCAAGUGCCGUAGCUGUUGAUAUAGCAGCUUCGAAGCAGAGGGGCUCGUUUUUAGGUGUAAUGCUUGCUUUGCAGAUAAUAGGGCCUACAGUGGCUCCCGUCGCCGGGGGUUUAUUGACCAGUCAUCUAGGAUGGCAUUCCAUAUUUUGGUUUCUGGGAAUCUUAACCGUCGUGCUGCUUAUUCCCAUGGUACUUUUCUUUCCCGAAACGUCGCGCAAGGUCGUUGAUGACGGGUCAACGCCUCCGCCAUGGUGGAACAGGAGUAUCAAGCAGAUGGUCUGUUCAAAUCGGCACUGGAAAUCACCAGACCUAUCCGUUAAACCAAGAUUCAGACUCGAGAACCCGCUGCCUAUUUUGCGAGUGAUUCUCACAGACCCGGAAUCAUUGAUGAUUCUCCUUCUCAUAGGGCAAAGCUACUCCGGUAUCUACGCUAUCAUGACAACCAUGCCGAGCCUCAUGAAGAAUGCCUACGGCUAUAAUAGCGAGCAAAUCGGAAUCCUUUUCCUAGCCUGGAGCGCCGGCACGAUCAUUUCAACCUUCACGACAGGCACAUAUCUCGACUGGGUAUAUCGCCGCGAAGCACGGAAGAUGAAUCUCGACCCAGACACAGAUAUGAAACAGUUUCCCGAUUUCCCGAUCGAGAGAGCCCGUCUGCAAUUCGCAUAUCCUAUCCUUGCCAUCACAGGAGCGACAAUCGUGAGUGUUAUACCCAGCCCGUUCAUCCAGAGUUCUGACCAUCAGAUAACCUACGGCUGGCUCCUCGAAUACAAAUAUCCAGUGGCAUUCGUAUACUGUCUAGAUCUGAUUUUCGGCUUCUGGGCCUCCGCCCUCUGCCAAGUGGGCACCACAUUACUCAUGGAUCUCCACCCCGGUUUCCCCGCCGCAGCAGGCGCAACAGUAAAUCUAGUGCGGUGUCUGCUGGGCGCGGGCGUCACGGCGUGCGCCCUCCCGCUCCUCCACAAGAUCGGCAUAGGCUGGUUCCAUACCUUCACGGGCGCGGUGUGGGUUUGGUGCGGGAUUCCGAUGGUAUGGUGGAUCAUUCGCAAUGGUGUUGAAUUGAGAAAGCGACGGGACUCGAAAUUCGCUUGA